AUGGCUGGAUUAAUUACGCUCUCCGAUUUAGAGUGUGAUUACCUAAAUGCGCAACAAUGUUGCUCAAGACUGAACGUGUGGGUUAUGCCAAAACUAGUAGUACAUUCACUCUUACUCAUAACACUGCUCAUUCUUGGACAGUGGGCUUUGAGUGCACUAAAUUUCCCUGUGACUGUCUGGCUAUUUUACGAAUACUUUAAUAUACCCAGUGGAAAUAUGGGUGUCUAUGACCCCACAGAAAUUCAUAAUCGUGGGCCUGAAAUUUGUAAGGGAAUCUGA